CCCUCUUACCCCUUUUGCUAUAUAUCUCAGUAGCUGCAUCUGCUACGAUCUUCUUGAUUUUUAGCCCCGUCUCUCUCUUUGCUUGAGGAACAGUGAGCCACUGCGAGAGAGAGAGAGAGAGAGAGAGAGAGAGAGAGAGGAGGAGCGGUGAGGCCGAGCGAAGAGGAGGAUUUAUGUUGGUGGGUUUUGGAUUGGCAGUGAUUGGGUCUCUGUUGCGGCUCUGGGUCGCGUCCGUUUCGUCUUCUCUUUCGCAAUCACCGUCUUCUCUGGCAUCUGCUCCUUGCUCUUCCGCGUCCGGUGCUCUCUGCUUCAUGCUGAGGUCAAAUCUGGGUUCUUCGUCUGCUUCGAUGCGUUUGAGGCCAAAAAGGACUUGUUCUGGCGUCGAGUGCUUUGGGGGUUUUCACAUAAAGCGAUUUUCCAAUCUCUUCCUGUUCUUGAGAGGGGGUCUUACCUGAAAUCGUCUCUUGCUCUCGCACCGAUUUGCCCACUUCUUGGCCCUUUUCAGUUCUUUAUAAUUUUCUCUUGAGGAUAUUUAAUUUGCGUUUGAGGGCAUCGUUGAGGGGGGGUUUUUGGUGAGGGUUUUGCGGUCACAGAAGAAUGCCAGAGCCUGUGAUUCAGCCUCUAGACCACAAGAGUCUCUUCAAGAAACCGAAGAAGACGAUGCCAAGGUUCAGCGCAGACUCCAAGAUGGUGAGGAAGGUCCGGGUUUUCUGUAAAGAUCCUGAAGCGACGGACGAUUCGUCAAGCGAAGACGAAUCGAACUACCAGAAAGGUGAUGCCAAGCUUUUCGUUCGAGAAAUCAAUCUCCCCAUCUUCUCUUCCCACCGUGCCGGUGACCUUCAAACUGAGAGCUCUUGCCAGGACAGCAACAACGGCUUCAAAAACCCCGAAAAGAGGAAGAGGGUCUCGCCGACAGCCGAGGCGGGCACGAAGAGAAGGCCAUCUAAUUCGCCUUACAAGGGCGUCCGGCAGAGAAAGUGGGGGAGCUGGGCUGCCGAGAUUCGUGACCCGUUUCACCGGGGGUCCCGGAUUUGGCUUGGAACAUACAAGACGCCCGAGGAAGCUGCGGAGGCCUACGAGAACAAGAGGCUUGAAUUCGAGGCUCUGGCAGCAGCUGGUUCGGCUGCUAAGGUGGAAGACGCAUCCUUCUCGCACUCGCACAACAGGCCAUCCACUUCUGAGGACUCAGAGAGCGUCCUGUCGCACACUUCUCCGGCUUCGGUCCUCGAUCUGGACACUUCCGCAUCUAACUCGACCAAAGAAGCCAUUGCUGAUGCCAAUGAGGAGAUCUUGGAGAAACCCUGCUUGGAACUCGUGGAGGAGGAGCCAUUGUUGUUGCUGGAUGAUGAAGCUGUCAAGGAUCUUGACCUCGGGAAGGAGUUUGAAUCGCUGUUCAACGAAGACUUCGGGGGUCUCAUGAAUGAUUUCUUCGACUUUGAUGAUAUACCCUUGUUCGGAUUCGACGAGAACCAGUCGAGCGAGCUCCCGGAUUUCGAUUUCGAGCUCGAGAAUGAUGACUUUGGCCAUUGGAUUGAGGAGCCACCACCCCUUAAUAUUGCAUGCCCAUAAGUUUUGCAGCUAUAGAAGUAUUACUAGUAGUAUUAGUAGUAGUAGUAUUGUCAAUGAAGCAUAUUAUCUAUUUUAUUAGCGAGUACAGUCUCGAGAACUGGGAAUUGAGUUCUUGAGAGAGUGGUUUUGUCAUUGGGAGUUCAAUUUAUUCGUUUGUAACUAGAGAGAUGGUGUGUGAGUAGGGAUUGAUUGAGUUGGGGGAGAAUCCUUUUUGGGUUUUCUUGUGCUAUUUGAGCCGUCCAAAAGGGGUUUAUUCAUUUUCUUCCCUUGAGAGUGUGUUCUGCAAUGUCCUGAGAUCUGAGAGAAGACGACUCAAUCUCCUACUCGCACACGUUCUGUUUUGCUCUCUAUAUUUAUUGUCCGAUCAUGGGUAAUUUGAGAUGGAAAAACUUUUGUUUGGUUAA